AAAAAAAAAAGAAGGAAAAAAGAAAGCACAGGGAGACGAGAGAGUAUCUUCUCUCGAUUCAAUUUGGUUAUAUCUACAAUCUCCCUGUCACUCUAUCAGUUCUCCUACCUCCGUUGUUUGAGAGUUCAUUUAUCUUUUUCUCUCUCUCUCUCUCUUCUCAAUCUUGAACAAGGCGAAAGCUGUGAUUUUUCCUUUUGGGAGCUUCCUGGGGCUUUUGUAUGACAAAUUAUGAAUUCAUUACACAAGGGGAGGGAAGGGAGAGAGAGCAGAAGAAGAGGAGAGGAGGGGAAAGGAGAAGACGAGGCUCCUGUUGUUUUGAUUGCUUUAAAAAAGAAGAGGGAUACGAAACAAAGAAGUGGGUGCUUGAGUGACCUUCUUUGGCUAAGGAGUAGAAAAGUGUCUGUGUGGUCAGUGAAUAAUGGGAAGCACUGGUGCUGAUAAAGUUCCAAGGGAUAGUGAAACUGAAGGUUCUGAGACCACAAUUGAAAUAAAAAUAAAAACAUUGGACUCUCAGACUUAUACUUUGAGAGUAGAUAAACAGAUGCCAGUUCCUGCACUAAAAGAACAGAUUGCUUCUGUAACUGGUGUGUUAUCAGAGCAACAACGACUAAUCUGUCGUGGGAAAGUUCUAAAGGAUGACCAACUACUUUCUGCUUACCAUGUCGAGGAUGGUCACACAUUGCACAUGGUGGUCAGGCAGCCAGUUCCACCAUCAUCAGAUGGCUCACCUAAUCAUUCAGCAAUUGAUUCUGCAUCAGGUACAAGCCGUGGUCAUAGUAAUCAUGUAGCCCCAAGUGUUGUGAUAGAAACUUUUAAUGUGCCUGAUCAAGGGGAUGGAGUUCCUCCUGAGAUCAGUCGGAUUGUCUCUGCCGUUCUUGGCUCUUUCGGAUUUGCAAAUAUUGGAAGUGGAAAUAUUGGGGGUGAUGUAAGGGAACAUGGUUCACAAAGACUUGAAAGAACAUCUGGUGCUAGUGGCAUGCUAGAUUCGUCCCAGGGUCAAACAGAACAAGCUAGCAUGAGGGGUCAAUCUGAUAGAGUACAUAGUGCUUUUGGACUUCCAGCAGCAGUUUCCUUGGGGCCUCUGCAACCUCCUGUUAUUCCUGAUUCUUUGGCAACUUUGUCCCAAUAUCUGAGUCAUUUACGAUGUGAAUUUGAUGGCAUUGGUAGAGCUGGGGGAAAUGAUCCUCAGGCAGCAUCCUUGAGUAGGACUGGAGAUAGAGAUUCUAACUCUGCAUCAAAUUCAGGGACUGUACAGGAAGGUCUUCCAACACCUGCAUCUUUGGCAGAAGUGUUACUCGCUACCAGACAACUGCUCAUUGAACAAGCUGGAGAAUGUCUACAACAACUUGCAAGGCAACUGGAGGAUCAAGGAAAUGUGACGGACUCCUCAGCACGGCUGAGUGCUCAGUCCAUUGCAUGGAGAACCGGAGUUCUAUUACAGAACCUAGGCUCACUUUUACUUGAGCUUGGUCGUACAACCAUGACAAUUCGCUUAGGUCAAACACCAUCUGAAGCUGUUGUGAAUGCUGGACCUGCAGUUUUCAUAUCCCCUUCUGGUCCGAAUCCUCUCAUGGUUCAGGCUCUUCCUUUUCAACCAGGAACUAGCUUUGGUGCCAUCCCCAUGGGAACUGUACAGCCUGGAUCUGGUUUGGUAAAUGGACUUGGGACAGGGCUUCUUCCUAGGCGUAUUGAUAUACAAAUAAGAAGAGGUUCAUCGGUGGCAACACCCAAUGUUAAUCGAGAGGAACAUGGUGAUACCGCUCAACAAUCAGGCCAAAGGAACCCAUCGAUGGGUUCUGGCAGUGAGAAUCGUAGCAUUCAAACAAGUUCAAGGGUCUCAGAUACUCCAUCUUUUGCUGGGGAAUCAGGAGUGCGGGUAGUGCCAAUUAGGACCAUGGUUGCAGCUGUUCCUGCUCCCUUUGGUCGCUUACCUUCAGAUUCUUCUGGUAAUUCUGUGGGAUUAUACUACCCAUUCCUUGGAAGAUUCCAGCACAUUGCUUCUGGACAUGUUAGUGGCGAACGGGGAUCUCAAGCAUCUGGUGAGAAUCUCUCCCAUGGUGUUCAAUCUGAGCAGCGCCUUAUUCCUGAAUCUACAGCGCAACAACAAAGUUUGGAAGAGUCUACUAGAGAUGGUUCAUUGCCAAAUCCUAAUUCAAGACAACAGGAGCGAUCCAAUACUCGCAGUGUCAGUAUCAACAUUCUAGCAGCUGGCCGGACUCAAAACAACCAAGACUCAGAGAGACAAAUUCCUAGUAGUGUUCUUCAGUUUCUAAGGGCAAUUUUCCCUGGUGGUGAAAUCAAUGUAGAGGAAGCCAGUGUACAAGGAGCAGCUACAGGUUCUGUCCAAGAGCAAGCAGAGACGUCCAGUGGUGCUCCAGCAGCUGAGCCAAGUAUUACUGAUCAAGGGGUGUUUUUAUCUAAUUUGCUUCAUCAGAUCAUGCCGUACGUAUCUGAGCAAGCAAGUUCACAACAAAGUAUUGUGCCUACAGAGGAAGCAAAUACUUCCACCCAGAGGAAGCAAAUACUUCCACCUAGGCUGAGCGCAAUAGUCCUGGGAGUUCACGUAGACCAAGUGACUCUGAACCAAAUUCAUCGAACUCAAAACGUCAGAAGACAGAGUAGCUUGUCAAGAGAUGGAGGAUUUGACUAGUUUCCCAUGGUUAUGAAAGGAAAUGGCUUUUUGUUGCAGACAGAGUAGCUUAUCAAUAGAGGGAGGAUUUACCUAAGCUUCCCAUGGUUAUGAAAUGAAAUGGCGUCUUGUUGCAAGACAAAGUAGCUUAUCAAGAGAUGGAGGAUUUAACUAAGCUUCCCGUGGUUGUGAAAUUUGUGAUUGCUGAUUUGAGCACUUGUUGGCACGAAAAGCGGCAUGACUUUAAUGUUAAAUGUGGUAUACCAUGUUUCUUUUAUUUCAAAUGUGACAUUUCAUAAUUAGUAUAGGGAAUAAGUUGUCACAGUUUUUGGUCUUUUGACCUGUACGAUAUAGUAAUAUGUUUUGUAUGGGGUUGAACUGGAUUUUUCCUUGUGUAGCCCCAUCCAUCAUCUAGCUUCUCUUGAGCGUCCGUGGCUUUUGAUUCCCGAUUUUAUUUUUGUACAUCCAACUUGCAUCAUGGUUGCAUGGAAGAAUUCUAAAAGGGCAAUCUACUGCAUUGGCGGAUGUUAUGGGAACAUUUUGCUUUAACCAUGUACAUCUUUAGUAACAACGCAAGCCAUGAAGCGAAACUCUUACUCUCAUGCUUGAUUUAAGCUUUGACAUACUGUUAGAGCUGUCUAUUCUGAUGCUAAA